CAAGUUUUCCUCUCCCCUUCACGCUUUCCUCCAUCCCUCCUUUUCUCCUCCCCUGGCCCGUGAAGCCUUGCGGGCCGGCCAGCCAUGGCUGCUCAACGCUCGUCAACCUAACAAAUCUUCAGGGCUGGCCUCUGCGUCUAGUCGCCGAAACCGUGUUUUAUCGCAGCCGACCGGUGGCAGCCCGACUACCCAAGAUGCAGCUGAGCAGUCGUGCCAAGCAUUUGCUGCACUGUUGCCUCUGCGUGGGGCUGAUACUGGCCUUCGAGGUGUUCACGGGAGGCAUCCACCUCUGGAAGUUCAGUUACGAUGAUCUGGACCCUGUGGAGCAGUAUGGCUGGCCCUUGACAAUCGUGCUGUACCUGAUGCGGCUACUGACGGUGUUAGCGCUGCCUCAGUGCAUUUGCAACUGCUUAGGCUUGCUGCUGUACAACGCCUUUCCGGAGAAAGUGCGUGUCAAAGGCUCGCCCCUGCUGGCGCCCUUCAUCUGCAUACGCGUUGUUACGCGUGGCGACUACCCAGAUCUUGUGCGGACCAACGUCGCGCGGAACAUUGAAACCUGUGCUGAAGUUGGUUUGGAGAACUUUAUCGUGGAAAUUGUCACAGACAAGCCCCUUGGACUGGCCAAACACCCCCGCGUUCGUGAAGUGGUAGUGCCGUCCUCCUACCGGCCCAAAAGCGGUGCCCUAUUCAAGGCGCGGGCUCUGCAGUACUGCCUUGAAGACGAUGUAAGCAUCCUGGGUGAUGACGACUGGAUUGUGCACUUAGACGAAGAGACCCUAAUGACAGAAGACUCUGUGCGAGGCAUCCUCAACUUUACCCUGGAUGGCAAACAUGCCUUUGGCCAAGGUCUCAUCACAUAUGCCAAUGAACGUGUGGUCAACUGGGUUACUACCCUUGCUGACAGCUUCCGUGUGGCUGACGACAUGGGUAAGCUGCGCUUCCAGUUCUGGGCCUUCCACAGGCCCCUGUUUAGCUGGAAAGGCUCGUACGUUGUGACCCGGGCUGGUGCCGAGCGCAAGGUGUCCUUUGACCAUGGUCCAGAUGGCUCCAUUGCUGAGGACUGCUUCUUCAGCAUGGUGGCAUACCGUGAAGGCUACACGUUUGACUUCAUUCCUGGCGAAAUGUGGGAAAAGAGCCCUUUUUCCUUCUGGGACUUCCUGCAGCAGCGCAAGCGCUGGCUCCAAGGCAUCUUCCUUGUGGUGCACAGCAGCGCCAUCCCUCUGCGCCACAAGUUGUUCCUGGCUCUCGCUCUCUACUCAUGGGCAACGAUUCCACUGAGCACGUCCAACCUUAUCCUCGCAGCCUUUUGUCCCAUCCCCUGCCCCGCGGUGCUCAACUUCCUGUGUGCCUUCGUGGGGGCCAUGAAUCUGUACAUGUACAUCUUUGGUGUUAUCAAGUCCUUCAGCUUGUACCGCAUGGGACCUGUGCGCUUCUUCCUCUGUCUGCUGGGAGCCCUAUCCACCAUACCAUUCAAUGUGGCCAUUGAGAAUGUGGCCGUUCUCUGGGGCUGCUUUGGCAAGAAGCACCGCUUCUAUGUAGUCUCUAAGCAGCUCGAACGCCCCAUCAAUGUAUGAGCUUUCCAGAUGACCUGGUCUAUCGUGCUUGUUCACAUGUUGUGAGCCUCCAUGUCGCUUUUAAUUUUUUUUUGCUAAUCUAAGAAUGAUUGUUUUUGUGCACUAAGUUAUUUGUUAUAUGCUGCUUUUAGUGUUGUCUUAACUAGGAUUGCAUGUAAAUGCAUCACGCCAUUCUACACUGGCAUCCACAGCACUAUAAGUAGGCGCCAAAGAUGCUGGGCUGGCUGGCCAGCCCAUGCACGGCUUGACUUUAAAAUAAGCGAGAGAGGAAAAAAAAUAGGGAUGACUGUGUCCUGUCCAAAGAAGCAUGCCUUAUAGGAACAAAGCACAACCAGCCAACUUAUUGCAUGCAUGCGAUCUUGCACUCCAGGAAUGGCACAAGAAUGUUUACCUGUUCAGGAUGAAUUGAUCUGAGCACCAUGAUGCAGCAAGGUUUUAUAGAGAGAAGAGUAGUCUGCACUGAGACCUAUAUAGAGAGAUUUCUACCUGUGGCCAAUUUCUGGGCAUUCAAGUUCACGGUAGUUGUUGCACCAUAGUCGGAAUGCAUCGCACAGCUGGCCGGCCCGUUUGCGUGCAAGCUGAGAGUUUUGUUUUGCUCAAGUACUCAAGACACAUUGCUGGAGCAGAGUUUUGUUUUCUUUAGUCAUUGUGUGGCUGCUAACCUGGUUGCUACAUUAGAUGACUGGGUGUUCUAUGUAUGUCAAGGCUUCUCUGAAGUUUUGCAAAUAAAUGCCUGGAGCGUA